UGCGCAAGAAGUUCCGUCGUCCAAUCACAAGUUGCGCUUUUGCGUCUUCUGACGCCUCGCCUUCAGUCUGAAACACGCCGUUUGGCUGCAGCUUUGCGAACUGUUUUCUUGAAAUAACUUUAAUGGAUUGACUACUAUUUGAAAGUAUACGCGAACUUUACAGAUCCUGCAGGCAAUAUUAUCAAAGUGGCGCUUAGGCAGUAGAAUGUAAACGGGAAAUCGCUGCAUAUCCGUUUUCAAAAGUUGUUUAAUCUGUCAGAGAGGCCUCUGGGUGCAUUACAACAUGUAAUUUUCCAGUAUACUUGCUUGAAUAGUGCGCACCUAAGUCUAGGCGUUUACGACAGGCAGUACGUAGAGUGUAUAGAUAUGAUCGUACACGCUGUUGACUUUGCCCAGGGUUUGAUCGGUUUCAAACAACUGCCUGCUGUCAUCUGAACUUGUACAGCAAGAAAGACGUCAACAGCACAACUGCAACAGGAGCAUUUCCCGUGACUAAGGAAUGACUUGGUUUUCGAAAAUUUACACCACCUUUAUAUUGCAGUUUAAAAGCAAGAGGGGAGGGGGGAGCGCCUAGACCCCAUAAAAUCCUGCAUGUACCCUGCUCAGUAAAACACAUUUUUACAUCCAGCAAUGUGCCCACCUAAUCAGCUUUACUAAAGUGGUGGUUGCCAGAUUGUUCUCUUUUUUUUGUAGUUUCACUGCAUUGUUAUGAGUCUCUCACCACAUCAGAGAGGAACCAUUAACAGUAUAAGCAAGCAGAAUGUUGAAGCAAUAAAUGAAUCAAUGCAUCAUUCAGAGGAUAUGUUUUACAACGUGGGUCCUCCAGUUCUAGAGCAAACUCACAGCAGUCCAGGAGGCGUUGUGGAUUCUAGCCCUGAGAUCCAAGGCUCUAACGUUUUCAAACCUGAUAAAGGAUAUCAGCCCCGAGGACGUUUCCCGCAGGCUGGAUCAGUCAAGUGGGUACAGGACCCCAUGCAGACAUCGACCUGGUUUCAGGGUAUUCCGAACGUGACCAAGUGGACACAAAAUUUCCCACCUUCUCAUAGUGGAAUGGAUGACCCGAGGGCUUUUCACAAGGCGGGUCAAGAGAUGGAGGGCGUAAAGUUAGACAAAGUUUCACCAGGACCCUCUCAGUCCUACCCUGAUACUUCACAAGUUCCUGGGGCAGAGUGGGACCAUCAUACAAUGGCAGCAAUGCACCAUGCUCAAUUCCUCCAGCAGGGUCACAGGCCGGCAGAUCAUCAAUAUCCGCCUCAAGGCAUGCAUCACAACAUGCAGGAUCCAACUCUGCAACCUUUCCAGUUGGCUUUUGGAUCUACUAAGCAAUCCCAGGCACCUGGCUUAAAUCAGGUUUUCCAAGGCAACAAUGCAUCUUUAAAUAUGAAUUACGGUGAGAAACCCAAAACGCAACAGCAACUUUUGCAGAUACAACAACAGCAGCAGCUGCACCACCAGCAGAUGCAGCAGUUACACAUGUGUCAGUUGCAACAACAACAACAACAACAGCAAAUUCAGCAACAGCAACGCAUGCAUCAAAUGCAACAGCAGUACCACCAGCAGCAGAAAAUACAGGUACAGCUGCAGCAACAGAUGCAGCAGCAAAUGCAGCAGCACGCACAAGGGCUUCGUCAGCCAGAAUCUACACCAUCGCAAGCAAAGCAGCAAGUCAAACAACAGACUGACAGUGCUCGGGUGAAUAUCGAACCCAGUCCAUUAUCCCAUCAGACUCAGGUCCCUCAGAUUCAACCCCAGCAUCCAGUGCCUCAGGUAUCAAAUUACCAAGACUCCGUUCCUGCAAAGACAAUUCCAGAACCGCAGGAGACCCAAACCAAACGGCAGGCCGCACCUCGCCGCUCGCGCCGCCUAUCCAAAGAUGGUAUGUCUCCACAGGACAAUGUUCCUCCCCAAAAUGGAGAAGUGGGCAAAGUCCAAGGACCCUCAGCAGGGGUCAUUCAAAGCACCCAAAGGCGACGGAGAGCCUCAAAAGAGAUCAACCUUGAGACCCUAGCUCAAAAAGCUUCAGAGAUGGAGUUUUUGCCAUCAAAGAGUGAGGAAAAUACCCCUGCUAGACCAGCUGGUAUGGUCCCUCUAGUCAUCCCCGUCUCAGUACCUGUUUCUAGAGGCCAAACUCAUAGGGAAGGCCCCAGCACCUGGGCACAGCCUGGUGAUGUGCGACGUCCCUCAGAGAUUCCUCAACUACAGAACCAACCUGAACGCAAACCCUCGGUUAUCGUAGUGCGGCGGCAUUCAUUAAAGCACUCGGCAUCUGAGAGCCUAAUCCAUGGUAAGAGCCCAGAAGACUACAGGUCUCCUGACAAAUCCAGGCGUCGCCCGCGACCGGAACCCCUGGUUAUACCUCCUCCCAAACCGUGCACUUUCAUCGCCCCUUCUAUAUACUCCAGCAUCACCCCCUACCAAAGCAACCUCCGUUCGCCAGUGCGUCUGCCUGAUCAUGCUAUCAUCAUUCCCCCGUAUACUCCACCACCCAUUCUUUCGCCGGUGCGUGAAGGUUCUGGCCUCUACUUUUCUGCUGUCCUGUCUUCCAUGGCAGCAGGAAGUCAGGUCCUACCACCCCCAGCCACUCCAAGGGGCACCACGAGAAGUUUGCUGCGAUCAAGCAGCUCUGAUAUUAGUCCUCCUGCACUCCCACUGAUUGGAGAAGCAACGCCGGUCAGCCUCGAACCUCGCAUUAACAUCGGCCCUCGGUAUCAGGCGGAGAUUCCAGAAAUGCUGGAUCUGACAUGUUCCCAAACAGACCAACAUAAAGCAACUUUGGUCUGGCUUCCUUUAUCAGAGACUGCUUCGACACCCUCACUAGAUGCAAGAAUUGAUGAUCUGAUGAACUUAGUUUGCUCCAGUGUCCUACAUGGAGGAGGGACCAACUCAGAACUAGCAAUGCACUGUUUGCAUGAAUGCAAGGGUGAUGUCAUGGCAACACUGGAAAUGCUGAUGAUGAAGAAUCCCAUCUUCUCUGGGAAUCACCAUCUGGCCAACUACCACUAUGCAGGGUCAGACUGUUGGACUGUGGAUGAAAAACGAUACUACAACAAGGGAAUUUCUGCCUACACGAAAGAUUUCUUCUUGGUACAAAAACUGGUGAGGAGUAAAACAGUGGCACAAUGUGUGGAGUUUUACUAUACCUAUAAGAAACAAGCAAAGGUUGGUCGCCAUGGGAUCCUUACAUAUGGCCCUUUAGACCCAGAGGAGAGCAUCCCUGUGAUCAAUGUAAAACAAGAACCGCUGGAUGAAGCUAAUGAUAAAAGAGCAGAGGGGCCAGCAGAAGUCAAUAUGGACAACACUGCAAAAGAUUUGACUAAAACACAUCAAAACAAUGGAAAUCAGAGGGCAGACAUGGCUCACGAGGAGCAGAAGAACAGCUGUGUUGAGGAGGCAUCUGGCCUGAGGCCGACAGUUCAACCCACCUUCAAGACUCCUUCCCCUGCACCUCAGAAACCUCGACCUGACAGCACAGCGAAGAAGAACAGAGCCUCGACGGGAAACAAACCCCAGGGAGAGCCAGAGGGUAUUUUUCCUUGUAAAAAGUGUGAUCGAGUGUUUUAUAAAGUAAAGAGUCGCAGCGCUCACAUGAAGAGUCACUCCGAGCAGGAAAAGAAAGCUGCCGCACUGCGUCUGCGAGAAGAAGAGGAGCGAGCUGCGGCUACAGCGAGGCAAAGGGCACUGGAGGUACAGGAGGCACUGGAGGCAAAGGCAGAAGGAGCACCGGGAGACAGCAGUGGAGCUGAGAGCUCAUUAGAGCCUGAAGAUGAGCAAGAUGAAGACUGGCAUUAAGAGUGUCUUUCUACUUUGACUU